UUAAUUUGUUAUGUAACUUGUAAAGCAGGAAAUAGAAUCAGUGAAACUAAAGCAAGUGUUUUCACCGUAAAAUGGAUUUUUCCAAGACAUUUAGAUGCCAAUAUUGAAUUGUUUCAGAGGAGUAUUGAUCAUUACCAAUACGAAUUACCGCCAUUUCAUAACGUUCGGUUGUUGAAAGACUCACGUUGAGUUCGGAGGAUGUCCAUUGUCUGUUGAGGAAGUGAGUGCUGGAGCCAGUGUGUGAAAUGUUGCUUUUGUGGAAGUGAUUAUCGGCCAUUGAACCAUAUUUGUUUCACCAGAACUCAGAAUGUUAUUGGCGUUGAAGAAUUUUGUGGAUCGCUGUUACAACAGUUUAGUAAACAGAUACAGUCUCUGAAAAUGGUGAAAACUAGGAGUGGUGAUACAAGUCAGUAUUUGGAUACAGAGAUGCCAGUAAAAAAUUCUGUGGUCGUAAAAGAAGACGACGAUGGGAGUGAUAACAGUGACCGUGGAUCUAAUAAGGAUGAUUCCUACCCUCAACAGUCCCCUUGUUGGAGCCGAGAAUUACGAAAUCGCUUUGUUUUUAGUACUAAAGAUCGUACACGUAAUUCUGGAGACUGUAAUGUGCAUCCCAGAUAUGGAAAACAAGAAAUUCGUUCAAGGCGCCAUAUUAGAUGUGGAGCACCUCUGACUUUAAGUGAAAGAAAUUCAGUUUACAGAGAUGGUAUGGUUGAAGAUUUAGAUGACAGUGAUUCAUUUGAUCAUCCAGAAGAUGACGACGAUGAUGAUGACGACGACAUUUUUAGCCCUUGUCGCAAAAGAGUAAGGACUUGCCGCCAACGCCAGUCCUAUAGGACCCACCUUCGAAGUUCACGCACGUCUUCAAGAAGAGAGCAUAGGAGCAGUAGUAAAUUAAAUGGUCAUGACAGCAGGAUUGAAAAACAAGGUGAUGAUGCACAAGAAGCUGAAGGUGUUAGGCGCAGUACUAGACAACGAAAACUUCUUUAUGAUAACUUCAAUACGAGUUGGAUACUUGGAACUCAGACUCUGAGAGGCUACCCAAUGUUCUUGCCAGACAAGGAAGAAGUGGAGAAAGGCUGCACGGAGGGCAGUUCUCGUACACAGGAGCGGGUUGAAGAGGAGGAGGAAGAGGAGGGAGACACUAGCAAAGAAACGUGCAAGAAAAAGAGACAACCAUUGGUAGAAAUGCCUGCUGCUGUAGAUGAUAAUUUUGAAGAUAUGUACUCAAGAGUGAAACGGCCAAGGCGGUCAACUCGCAGAUUGAUGUAUCCUCAGCAGCAGCCUGCACCAAGAUCUCGCAAAAUUAAUGAAGAUAGUGAUGAUGCAAGUGACUCACAAAGCAGCCAGACUUCGUCAGACUCUGAAGAAGAAGUGGAAGUGCGGAGGGAAAAAUACCACCUUCGAAAGACAAAACCUACUGUGCAGAGGUUCCAGGUGAAUGUUGAUCCACCACGGCGAUCGUCCCGAAUCUUCCGUACAGUUUUAUCGUCUGUCAGACGAAGACGACACCGCGAUGACAGUUCAUCGAGCAGCAGUGAAGAAGAAAGAUUUGACAGGAAAAAAGUGAAGGGCCACGGCAAAAGCAGGACACGUUGCCUUCCCAUAAACAUACAUACAAAUGAUCUUCCUGUGAGUAGUAGGCCACACGAAGCCAGCAAAAAACUCGCCGAUGUUAAUCCCGUCGUGUUAGAUACGAGCAUACGCUUUGAGGACGUUGGUGGCUUGGAAGAGCAUAUACGUUGUCUAAAAGAGAUGGUAGUUUUCCCAAUGUUAUACAAAGAAGUGUUUGAUCGCUUCAGUAUAAGGCCACCGAAAGGAGUUCUUUUCCACGGUGCUCCCGGGACAGGAAAAACCUUAAUCGCUCGGGCACUUGCAAAUGAAUGUUGUCAGGGUGAUCGAAAAGUAUCAUUUUUCAUGCGUAAAGGAGCAGAUUGUCUUAAUAAGUGGGUAGGAGAAUCGGAAAGACAAUUGCGUCUUUUGUUUGAACAGGCAUAUGAGAUGCGUCCGUCCAUAAUCUUCUUUGAUGAAAUUGAUGGUUUGGCACCAGUUCGUUCUUCUAAACAAGAUCAGAUACACGCUAGUAUAGUGUCGACUCUACUUGCCCUCAUGGAUGGCCUAGAUAACCGGGGUGAUGUUAUUGUCAUUGGUGCAACCAAUCGAAUUGAUGCAAUUGACCCUGCUUUGAGGCGGCCUGGUCGCUUUGAUCGGGAGCUCUACUUCCCUCUACCAGCUAAGAAGGAAAGGCAAGAAAUUUUGCGCAUCCAUGUCAGCCGUUGGCAGGAACCACCUCCACCAUCUUUAUUAGUUUCAAUGGCAGAACAGGCAGUUGGUUAUUGUGGCUCAGACUUACAAGCUCUGUGCUCUGAAGCUGUAAUCCAAAGCUUAAGGCGGAGAUAUCCCCAGAUUUACAAUUCGAGGCAAAAAUUGCUGGUUGAUCCCAAAGCAGUGAAGGUGGAUAAAUUAGAUUUUCUGCGAGCAAAAAAGUACAUAGUGCCUGCAGCACAUCGUGUUGCACCAUGUGUUGGACGAAAACUAUCACAGCUUGUUGAACCACUGCUGAAGGAUUUACUGGGUGAAGCGAUUGACAUACUGAGACUGUCAUUUCCUCACAGCACAUCUCGGAAUGUUAUUGGCACUGGUGGCAUCCAUCGGCCUCAACUGCUGCUUGUAGGGGAUUCUGCAGCACAUGGUCAGACAACCCAUCUUGGUCCAGCCUUGUUGCAUCACAUGGAACAUUUGCCAGUACACACACUUGAUCUGGCUAAGCUCUUCGGUGUGUCAGGAUGCACUCCAGAGGAGGCAUGUAUUCAGGUUUUCCAGGAAGCUCGCCGAAAUACUCCGUCCGUCAUAUAUGUACCUGGAAUAUCUCAGUGGUGGUCUCUUGUUGCUGAAACUCUGCAGGCUGUAUUUUUAUCAAAUUUGCGUUUGCUUAAUCCAAGCAUUCCAAUUUUAUUGCUUGCUACAUCAGAUGUACCAUAUAAAAAUUUACCACAUCAGGUGAAGGAGUUAUUCAGUGACUAUCGUGGAGAAGUAAUUAAAGUUGGUAAACCAAACGCUGCCAAACGGAGAGCGUUCUUUGCACCCAUUUUUACUGUUGUUCCAUUAAGGCACCCAAAGCCUAGGAGAAAAGCAGCUGCCCCACUUCCUGAACUGCCAGUAGCACCGCCACCUGAACCACGUAAACUUUCAGAAGAAGAACAGAAAGUGCUAUAUGAGAAGGAGGAAGGCACAUUAAGGGAAUUGCGCAUAUUUCUGAGAGAGAUAUGUGCCAAACUUGCUCGUAACCGCCAGUUCUACAUGUUUACAAAACCAGUAGACAUAGAAGAAGUUCCUGACUACCUUGCUAUCAUCAAGCAACCUAUGGACUUGGAGACAAUGAUGACAAAAAUAGACCUACAUCGUUACUCCUGUGCUCAAGAUUUUCUAGAUGACAUUGAUCUUCUUUGCAGGAAUGCUUUGGAAUACAACCCUGACAGGGAGCCUGCUGACAAACUUAUAAGACAUCGUGCUUGUUCACUGAGAGAUACUGCGUAUACAUUGAUAAAAGCCCAAAUGGAUUCGGAUUUUGAGGAGCAGUGUAAAGUUAUAGCAAAAGCGAGAAGAGAGAGGGCAGAAUCUCCAUCACGAUUUGCACCUGAGUUUGUGCUCACCACAAAUGAACAAACUUCAAGUAAAGAAAAUAGCCCAAAAUUAGCAAGUACACCAGUUAAAGACUCAAUGACUUCUACCGAUACAAGUGGAGGAAAUGGUUCAAAUGAAAUAACAGGUUUCCCCAAGAGUCAUUGGAAGUUCAACAGUGAUUCAUGCCUUUCAAAAAAGCGUCGUCGAUCUGCUUGGUCAAGGGGCCUACUGAGACAUAGCUCUGGCAAAAAGAAGAAGCAUUGUGUUCGUCAUGUGCUGUCUUUGAGUCCAAAUGCUGGAAACAAUAAUUCUAAUUCAGCAUCCACGAAACUGGAUGCUGAUAAUAUUGCGAAAGAAAGAGUAAUCAAUGGUCCAUUGAAUAUUAAGGUUGAAGGAGGCAAAAAAAUAAAUGGAGAAAAUGAACCACUUCACUUGGAGGGGAAAAGGAAAUCAAAAGAUGAUUUAGAUUGUGCCUCAGUAACAAAAUUAGCAGAGUCAGCUCUAUAUAGUGUCUGUCAGACCAACAUGGAUGCACAUGCCGAUGAGACAUUGAUCAACUACGAUAAUGGGAGUCAAGAUGAUGCAGAUGCAGGUCAUGAAUUGGAUAUUUCUGCUGAUCAGGAGCAAUUGAAUGACACAGUAUGUGAGAGGAAUCCUUUGACAUUGGACAAGGAUAGAUUAGAAUCAUUACUACAUAAAGCAGUACUAAUAACUGAGCAUUGUGCUGCAGAAACAUUGCUUGAGCUGUAUGCUCAACUGCGGAAAUGUGUAUUGAAAUAUAGCAAUCAAUGGGACAGAAGACAGCUACCUCAGGAUUUGGAUGUGGAGCUUAGGAGAUUUCAAGAACAUUACUCCCAAUUACUGUAACUGCCAGUUGGUAUGCUCAAACAUAUUUUGUAUGAAAUAGAAGUUAUAGAUACAAUACAUAAUGCUGUUAUUUUUGACUUCCAUUCAUAUGUUUGCUCAUAUUAUAUUUGGAUAACAAAAAAUCAUACAUUUUGGUAAUGUCGUUGUAUAUGUUCUGUAAUUUAUUGACUUCCAUAAGUGGUUUGGUUGUUGUAAAUUAGUAUGCCAUAAUAAGCAUUGUAAAUAAGGUACCGUGUGUGUGUGUGUGUGUGUGUGUGUGUGUGUGUGUGUGAGAGAGAGAGAGAGAGAGAGAGAGAGUGCUCACUCCCACAAGUGUGGGUUUUAUAUAUGUGAGAGAAAGAUGUCAUUGUUUGUGCUAACAGAUGCUGGACACUUCCAGAGUUUUUUGUUAAUACUGAGUAAGACAACAGUGUUCAAUAAUUUAUUUUUAUUAAAUAUGCACUAAAUUUUGUAGACUUCAGUGUAACAGGGUUUCCCAAAUAAUAAAGCACCGCCAGUUGUUGAAUCUCAGGGAAAAUGACUGCCAGAAUUGUAGAUAAGUUAAAUAUUACAGUGUUCACCAUGUAAUGUGAUUUUAAAAUAGGUACACUUCAUUGGUCUAGUUGUAUAAAUGACAGGCCCCUUUUAAUGACAGGUUUAUGUUUCAGUUGUGCUAACUGCAAAAAAAGAGGAAAAAUGUACACAUUCUUAAUUAUUUUUAUUCACAAGUAGUAGUUAUUGUUCUUUGUAUACAAACCAGUCUGACAGUAAAUUAAACUGCUUUCCUGAUUGCCUCUGUUCAAAGUUGAUUUUAGUGCUUGCUUCAAAUUUAAUAAAAGUUACCUGUUAUCUUUCUUCUAUUGUACACACUUUAUGAAAUUUAUUUUGUCCACUCUUUGUGCUGAUUCUUAACACAUUUUACAUUUGUCUCCAACACCAAAUGAUAAGAAAACACUUGCAAUACAGGCAAUAAAUAAGUUAUUUGUAGGUUCAUUCUCUUGAGUACUUCUGCUUUUAUUGUUUAUAUUACUCUGAAGGGUAGUUGCCUUGUGUUUUGUGAUUUUUAAGAGUACUUAGGCAGUGCUCAGAGCAAGACUGUAAGUAUCUAAUUUCUCAGUGGGGAGUAUGACACACGGAAAACCACACAUGCGAUUUUAAUAUUGACUGUGGAAGAAUUAUUAAAAAUGAAUAUUAAGAACAUUAAUACUAGAAGUAGAAAAGUUAAGGGAAGAAAAACUAUGUUGCUGUUUGGGCAGAUGAUUUUCAUGUAACGACUGCCAGCUAAAACUACUGUGAUGAGGCAGUGACUAAUAGUAUUUGCAUUAAUAAAAAUGGUAGUUGUUGUUGUUCUCGUGUGGACAGGACAACAGAAGAUACAUCAGUUGCAGUAUUCAAAACUGGACCGUUUAAAUAUUAAAUUAAUAGUUAACUACCAAAUGGCUGUAUACUGUCAAAUUUUAUUUGCCCUCUACAUGUGCAAACAUUUUCGCUCUCCUGAGACUCUCUAGUGAAAGGUGUUUUGAGGAAGAUGUAAAGGUAAACAUUAAAUAAAUAACACAACCAAAGCUCACAUUUCAUACAAGAAAGAAUGUGGUACAGUGUGAUUUGAGGAAAAUCGUGUGGGACUGUUCCCUGUAGUUAAGUUUCCUCGUCUUGUAUAAUUAUCACUGUAAUUGCAGUGCACGUGUGUCAAGAAGUUUACUGUGCAGGAACACUAGCCAUCAGGUUUACAUAACUAACUGAACUGUAGUCAUAGAAUAUUCAAAGAACUGUUCAAAGAAACUGCUGGCUAAUCAUUUUCUGAUGUGGGGGACCACAUCACUUCUGUUUUAAUCAUGUAGGUUCUUUAUUUUAAUGUACAAAAAAUGACAUUUAUAAAAUAAUCAUGAAGAUCUUGGAUGAACAUUUCACUGAAGUAUAUCCUAGUGUAAAAUGUUGUGACAGCUUAAAACUGUGCCAAAAUGGAAAACUGUUCACUGCUGUAUAAGAAAAUAUUAACAGUAGAAAUAAUCCUAAAAGUUUUGUUCAGCCAUUCUCCACAAUGUAUUGGCCUACAGGAGUGCUAGUAUAGUUAAGUGUGCAAGUGAACAUUGAGGAAUGAGGUACCAGCUGAUUGGAACUCUAAAGUUAAUCUUUAAUCAGGCCUAGACAGCUUAAUUGUAAAAAGCAUUGCCCGUGAAAAACAAUAGUAUGAGGUUUGGUCAACCACGCUGUUUGUCUGUGAAGCAUACCGAACGAAACAUAGAAAAGCAUAUGAAACAGAAAACAUAGAACAAAAUAACAUUAUCAUUUUAUCACAAAUUCCAGCUGAUAUGUCAGAAGAUCUGUUUCCUUCGGAUGUGAGAAAAAAUAACAUUCAUUUUUAAUACAUACACUCAAAGUACUGGAAAGAGAGGUAAGCUUCAUCAGAACAACUACCACUCAAACUGAAGUGACAAGACAAUAGGAUAUAGAGCAUAAUCAAAACAGUGUGCUAAGCAGGCUCAAUUCUAUUCUUUCCACAUAUUCAUGUAAAUGAAAAUAUCGACCAGUACGUAAACACAGUAUACUAAAUUUGAGUCCACCAGUUAUUCUGUAAUAGAAUACAGGGAAAAAACUAAGCAGCCUUCAGACAGUUAAAAUGUAACACAUUGGAAAAACUCAUUAAGAUGCACGAUUUAUUUGGUAUUCCCAUACACCACCUCCAUAUGCUCUAAAAUUCUGAUAUCAUCUGUGGCCCCACACUCCCACAACAUAAGUGGUUUUAUGUAUAGUUUUUCAGAUGUUGCUACCAGUAGAAACAAAAAAGUAAUUCUUAAUGUUCUUAUUGCUUUUUGUGUGGUGCCCUGAAGAAAAGUAAGUCCAUUUAAAUUAUUAUAAUUAUAUUAAGCAUCAAUUUAGGAUUCGCAGGAAGUGAAUAGGACUCUGUGCCUGUUAUCGGGACGCUGAAAGAGUAUAUUACACACACUUCAGCAUUUCCGUGGUAGAUAAUCACCAGUUUACAUGAGUGUGUCUCAUGAGACUAUACAGAGCAAUAUUUAUAUAUGUGGCAAGCAAUUUGAAUCUGUAUUUGGGUGUGAGCAUUUCAUCUUCCAUUUGCCUGAAACAGGCUGAGAGCUAAUAAAUAAACAUUUGGCAAAAAAACGACGUAUAGGCUUUGAAUGCUGCAAUUUUUUCAUAAACUGCUGUGAUUGAUUUUGUGGUAAAAGAACAGCUUACAUUGUUAUAAGCAGAUUUCUUUUAACCAAUGUAUAUAAAUGUAUCUUAAUCUGUGAAUGCAUUAUUGUUUCUGCAAAAUGUAGGAACAGGGUUCAAAUGUCAUACACUGUAUUUGGAUAACUAUUUUGGACAGAACGCUUUAUACACAUUUUUCUCGUAAAACAUACAGUCAACUAAUUGGGAAACCCUGGGAAUUAUAACCCCAUCAUAAUUGUAAUUAUAUGUGAUGUUUUCUGAAAGUGUAUGUGAUGGUUGUGUAAAUGUAAAAAUGUGAAAGAUAACUCUAGUGUUAAGAUAUUGAGAAGCACCAAGAGUUCAUUUAUGUCAGAUAUUAUAGCAAUAUUUACCUUACUUUAUGUACGAAAGAAUACUGUGCAACCAGUCUUUCUGUAGCCUUACUUGUUGCCUUUGAAUGUGUUUGAACUCACUUUGUGGCAUGGAGAAUGGACAUGGAAAUUAUUAGUGGAUGAAGACAUGUGCCUUUGUAUGAUAAAUUUGUUAUUACUUUCAGUUAAAUAUGUUGUUACCAUAUCUUGCAAGUGUGUGAAGAACUGUAAAAGUAUCACUCUACAAUUUGUUCUAAGUCACAGAGACCAGUACUUGGUAAGUUGGAUUAGAGAGCACUUAAAUUAACAAAACUUAAAUCAACUGACUACCUAUGUUUCAAGAUCGAUUUGUUUUCCUCGGAGUGGUUCAUAUUGACAAUUGUAGACAGAGAUAUUUCAGUUUAGCACUUUUUUUAUGACCAAUAAAACUUACAAAAAUUGUUUUGGAGACUGAAGACGUUAUUUUUAAACCAUCGAUGUUAUGGAUAUAAUAGUAACUAUUCCUCAGUCACAAUUACGUUAGUUGUUUGAUCACUAUUUUUGAGAUGAAGCAUCAAAAGAAAUUAAAUAUUGCUUAGUUCAUUGUGCCUACAGUAAUCUAUCUGUUGCGUAAUAUGAGGAGGAGGUUAAUCACAUAUUUCUCUCUUCCAAGUAUGCUCCAAUUAGGCUGUUUCCAGGGUGCCUCUUUCCUCCUCCUCCCCCUCCUCCUCCUCCUCCUCCUCCUCCUCCUCCU